AUGGAAUUGCUAUUAUUCGACCCUUCGCUCGGAGAGUUGGAGGUGGACGAGAGCGGGACGCCAGGCUUGUUAAUGAACAACGGCAACGAGGUUAUUCUCAAAAUCAACGACACGACCACGGAAAGUAUUUACGUCACUUCCGGUCCCCUGUCUUACAAGUACCGAAUCCAGUAUGUCAAGUUCCACUUUGGCAGCGAGGGUCUGGACGGGGGCGAACACCAGAUUGGAGGCUUGACCUUUCCGGCCGAGCUCCAGAUAAUGGCAUACAACUGUGACCUCUAUGAUAACUUUACCCAGGCCGAAAAGUCUCCACACGGGAUCGCUGGUAUAGCUGUUUUUGUCCAGGUUGGAACAUCAGAAAAUGAGGAGUUCGAUGUUUUAGCUCAUUCUAUGUCAAAAGUAAGAUUUCAAGGACAAUUCGUAUCUUUAAACAAAGUGAAGAUGAAGUGGCUAUUACCAAACACUACCCAGUUUAUAACUUACGAAGGGUCGCUGACACAGCCCGGAUGUUACGAGACGGUCACGUGGGUUAUCAUGAACAGACCGAUAUACGUGUCACAAAGACAGAUAGAAUUAAUAAAAUCUUUGAACAAGGGUGGAUUUGAAAAUUCUCAGAUGUUAUUAGAAAGGAACAGUCGGCCCAUCAGACCUGUUAAUCAUCGAGUAAUUCGGACGAAUAUCAAUUUUAGACGUGGCUGCAGUAUGAGCCGGAAUAUAUCUUUUGAAGUAAACAGUCGGUAUUUAGACUAACUGUUGGAACCACUAUCGCCUUAUAGAUGUCCUCUGAUGGAAAAUGCUGUGUCAAAGACGAA